AUGAAGCGGGUUAUAGCAGCGUUGGUCAUGGCGGCGGUUGUUUCUCCUUUGAUGUCUUAUCCUUUGAAGGAUUCUACAAGUAAACUAUUGAAAAGAGGUACGUUUAUGUGUUCUGCAUAAGUAAUCUGAGCUUUAUUUCAAUCUGUACAAAGGGUAACAUUUAAAGAGGGAGAUAAUCUUGUGUUUUUUACGGAUAGUAUAUAAGUUCUGUCAGAAUCAUCCUACCCGGACUUAUGGACCGGAUAGCUCAACACGAUUUCUUGUAAUUAGCAUUUUAUUACCGAUCGACUCUUACUUGAGGUUUUUGAACUAACAGAAAAAAUUAAGACGUUUUAAUUAUUUUUGAAAUCUUACAAUGUGUUUACAGUAUAUGAAUCAUUAACGUUUUGCAGCAUAAAUGCUCAAAUGGGUUGUGUCAAACUAAAGUCUUGUGCACGUGGUUCUUAAACUAUCCGUUUAAGCGGAAAAAGAGUAAAUUAGUUACUUGUUGUAAGAAUCGAAAAUUGAAAUCCGAGUUGCCUCUUGCCCUUCGCCCCAAUCCCUCUGUGUUAAUAGCAAACCAUUUUGAUUAAACUCGAUUGCUAUAAUAAAGGUUCGUUUCAAGCUUCAAACUUUAGUUUUAUGUCUUAAAGUAGACAGUAAGGUAGGUUAUACUUUCGUUUUUUAAGAAAAAAAAUUAAAUAAAUUAAGGAGACACAAGCUACCCCCCAAUAAUACGACUCGGCUGGUUUCCAUGGAGGGCGACUUUACCAUGAAAGCAAAACAUUAAGACCAAUAUUAUAUUAUAUACAACAACCAAUAAAAAAACUAGCAUAUAACUAGAACAAGAAUAGCAUUGGACUAUAACAGAUAUUAAAGUGAACUGAUAUAAAGAUGUACAGUUUUUAAAACCCGGGAGAGAAAGAAGAGGAAAAUCUGGUAUUAUCAGCUGAGUUAAUAACAAGUUAUUUUACCUAAGGAUCUUAGUUAACGCUUUUUGUGGUUUAAGGUCGCUUACUUCAUAGCCCCCUAUUUUUUAGUUUAUGGAAAUAAGCAUCUUUAUUUUUAGGAAUAAAAGGUUUGAAAAUAGGGGGCUAAGUAACUGCAUGGGGUUUAAUGACAGGUUUAUCGACAGUCUUUACAAGCUAGUCGAGUUCAAGUUUCCUAACAAUUGAACGCACUUGUCAUGUGAUACCAUAAAGCAAGAUAAUGAUUCUUUAGCCUUAAUACAACUGAUUUCACUGAAAUACUGACAGUGUCAUUACUUAAUGAUAACGAUAAGUUGCAUUUUUACACCAACCAAUCUUCCUUUGUUUUCAUUCCAGUGAGAAGGGAAGAGCAACCUGACCAAGAUGCGAACAAAAACGAAACUGAAAAGGUCGCUGACAUUGCUCCUGGUUUGGGCGGGACAAAUGUUCGUUUUCCGAGUAAGUUUUUAAAUAUUUGGUCUAAGGGUUUUUUUAUUGGAGACAACUACUUUCAAAAUGGUCGAGAAACUGUUGCAAAAAAAGAUGCUUUCUUUACCCUCCUCAGGGGUGAAAAUCUUUGGAUUAUAAAAGAUUCUCACCUCUUCCACUGUUCAAAGUUGUCAAAGCAAGUUUGAAGUUGACCUUGGAAUCCUUUUGUCUGUGACAGCGGGGGAGAGGGGCUUAAAUCAUGCCAAGUGUACUGAUAAACACCAUUUUUGGUCUUGUAAGUAACAGUAUCUCAAGGCUUUUGGCAACUUGAUGGAGCUUACAAUUAACGUGAAGGAUGAGAAUUGCCUUUUUCUUCGAUUAACAAACCUGCUUCAUGCUAAAUUUGGUAAAUUGGACAAUUUUAUAUGGAAAAUGGCUGAUUUGAAACAAAUUGGUAACACUGAUGAAUCAAGGAAAACUAUGGUAUUUGAAACCUCUAUGCCGCUUAUCAGUUGAACGAAGUUUCCAGUAAAAUAAUAUGUCAUAAAAGUUUUAAUCUGUUUAGUCAAUGAUGUGAUUUGAACUCAAGCGGUAUUUCGUCUGAAAGAUUUUCUUGUUGCGAGCAUGGUGAGUUCAUGAAGAAGUGCCGCCUCUCAAUUCUUCAGUUUUAUCCGCCAUGAUUUUAAAUUUUAAAUUUGUGCAUGGACUUUUCACAUCAUUUUAACAGUCCUCAUAUAUGAUAUAUUUCAUACAUCAUUAACACUCAUUUCUUUCACGGGAACAUAUGAACCCACAAUUGACCUACACCCAACGUCAGUGGCUUCAUAGCUCAGUUAGUAGAGCAUCGCAUCGGUAUCGCGAGGUCACGGGUUCAAACCCCGUUGAAGUCCUAAAUUUUUUUUUCAGGCUUCUUUACGCAAUUCCAUAAAUUGCGUUCACUGCGACGAUCAGUUCUUGCUUUUCAUUUCAUUUCCGCAGUUCAUAUAUGAUUUACUUCAUAUAUCAUUAACAUUUCAUAUAUCAUUAACAGUCUUCAAUGCAUUGUAAGCGCGUUAUGUUCCUUUCAGUUUGUAUCUAUAGACUGGGAAUGGCAAACAGGUUUGUCAUUCGAGAUCAUCAGAUCACUGCUUCGUCUUCGUACCCGCGUGCUCAUCUACAGCCUCACAUGGGUCGACUGGAUAACCCGUGGGGUUCCUGGUGCGUAAAACGAAAACACCCAGGACCGCAUUACAUGCAGAUCGAUCUUGGUAUGUACAGAAACAUUAUAUACUAGCAGGUUUUUUCAAAAUUUUACUCGGUCAGUUGAAGCAAAAUGUCCACACUGUAAAUCAGAAAGAUCCGUUCUAGCCCUAAUAAUGAGGCCGUUUCGGUGAGUAAAAUACAGCCCAAUUAGCUAGGGCUGAUUUGGACCCAAGGGCUGAACUGGGGCCCAUAGCGGGUUGGAAUAGCCUUUUGAUGGGGCUGUUUUAGCUUAAAUUAUACUCUAAUGGCUCUGAGAGAGGCUGAAUCAGACUAUGGCCUGCAGGGCUGAAUUGGCACUUUCGGGAUCAAACAGAUAUUUUAAAUUUUCAUUGCAAUCACUCUCUUUACACCAUGUCUCAACCCGAAACAGAUUGAUAGAGUGAAGUAAACGAGGGUCUCUUAAUGCAUUUUCAAUUUCCAAUUAACCCCAGUUAACGCAAGCAUUAUUGAUCCUGUUACCCCCAAAUCAGUGUCCGAGUCCUGAGUUCGUUUAAGUCGGGAAGAAUGCAAUGCGCACCCUCAAUGCAAGCCUAGGGUUUCUUAGUUAAAUUCGGGGCGCUGUUCAGACUCCCCGUCAAUCCCUGAGUUCAUUUAGGCCAGGCAAACUGUAAUGCGAAGUAAAAUGAGUUACGUAAGGAGAAAAUGAAAUAUCUAAGCAAUAAUGCCAUGAUCUAUUUGUCCUUCUAUUUCAUGCUACACCAAAGGCAGUCGAAGCCUAUGACACACCGCCCAAAAAUGAGACAUUAUGGGUGUACGGGAUAUUGACAUAUUCUCCAACACAGCUUUGUACUGUGUAUGAACUCCUAUAGGAUUCUCCAGUGGUUCUUUUAGCUUAAUUGUCAUUAUAUUUUAAAGGUAUCACAAGACUGGUCAGCGGUGUCAUUACACAAGGUGCGCGACAUACGCCUGACUAUGUAGCUCAAUAUCGCGUCAGCUACAGUCUUGAUGGUCAGCGUUGGACUGUCUAUAAAGAGAAUGGCACAGAAAGGGUAAUACAAUUUAUUAUAUGGAGGAGAGUGUUUUACUGGGAACUAAACCACUCGUAGAUUCCAUACGCCACUUCAUCCGGGACCCGAGUGGCGUAUUUUCUGUAUGUCACCUUUGUGAGUGUCGUAUCGUUCAAUGACGUCACGAUUCCCGCCUUUUGCUUUUGUUGAAUUGGUUUCUCCAUAUAAUAAAAAGAACAUUACACGUUGGCUCGAAGAUAUGAAUUUUAUGUUCUCGUGGCAAGAACAAUAUCAAAUUCAUAUCUUCUCGCCACAGUAUAAUAUCCUCUAUAUAUGUACAUGUGUCAAUUGUGAUCAUAUUACUUUAAUGGGUGGAUUGACUCUGGACCGCCCUGAAUACUACCUCCCCAACCUUCCAGACGGAUUAUCUCAUGAAGACCUGAUGAUCAUUGAUAAACUGCCCCCUCAACAGGCUUCACAAGGUUUAGCUGAGGAGCACGGAACAAGCAAGAAGCGCGAGAGGGGGAUGAUGGGAACUAGCGUAGAACGUGAGCGUGGAAUGAUGGGAAGGAAAAGAGAGAAAGAGCUACGGAUUUUCUGCCCUCCUCAUUUUACCCCCGCUUUCCUUAAUAAUUAACUCAAAUCCCCCCUCCUCGCCAAAUGAUCACGAGUGACUGAGGAUGAGGCAGAUUGUUAAAUGUGUACUCAAAUUACGAUAACAGGGUUUCCGAAUUCUUUAUCAUAUAUUUGCGGAACUAUUGUUGACUAGUUCCGCGUGUUCAGCUUGUGGGGACGGGGCGAAGAGAUGUGAGCAGGAAAAAUAGCCAAGGAGCAGGGUAGCGAGCGAGAGCGAAGGAUCCCUCCUUUCCCUCUACUCUCCUCAACUAUCUAAACGCCUGAAACAGUCUAUAUUGAUGUUUUUUAUUUGACGGACAUCUUCACUUUCAUCAGCUUUUUCAAGGUUUCUACUAUCAGUUCACAAAUCACUUCAGUUACCGUGUGGCAGCAAGAUACAUAAGAAUUCUUCCCCAGGCUUUUCGUGGUUAUCUAUUGUGCAUGAGAGCAGAAGUAAUUGGUUGUUCAUUUAGUCAAGGUAAGGCAAUCCUAACAAAAAUUAAUGAUAACCUUUUUCAAGCUGACUAGUUUUGGCUUUUCAAACUCCACUUAAGUGGGGCGCGUCUAUUAGACAGAGGGCGUUUAUUGGAGAGGGGUGUCUAAUACAAAUUUUACAUCGCAGGGAAGGCGUUUAUUUGAGCGAGGACGUCAAUUAGACCAUUUACGGUACACCAAAGUUACUUUUUGCGUAAUUAACACUCUUAAUCUCUUUUUUUCCUGAAGCAUCCCUAAUAUCCAAGCUAGAAAGUAUUUUCUUGUAAUUUAUCAGACUGUGAUGGCUAGGGGAAUUGCUGGUUUUAACCACGUGACAGGAUAACCAUACCGGUUAACAAAACAACAAACGUUUUUUUUUUCUCGUCCCCCAUCAAGCAUUAUGGGCUCUCUAACUAAUUUUGUUUCGUUCGCCAUGUUUAGUUAAUCUGGCAUUUAACCAGACAGCCCAGCAGUCAAGCACGCAGGGGGACGCUGUAGCCUUGAAAGCCAUUGAUGGAAACUUCAAGGGUGGUAAGAGUUAUAUUCAGGAUCUAAGAAACCCUAAGUUUCAAAGUUCUUACCGAGUAUCAUAACCGCUUUUUUCUCCUCUAGAUUCCUGCUCCCUGACCCAGACUCAAGACAAGCCUUGGUGGCGCGUGGACCUGGGAUACAGCACGACGAUAAGAGAGCUCUAUAUCGCUGGCCCUCCAAAUGGCACCGAAUUAAAAGAAUUUGAGAUCAGGAUUGGUGAAAGUUUAGAAGAUAAUGGAAAUAAAAAUUCAAAAUGUGGCGAAAAGCACAGCGUAAGGCCUGGUGAGAUUAAAACCAUCAGCUGUAAUUUGACUGGACAGUACAUUUACAUCCAGGUGCCUGAGAGUGGAAAGGCUUUGUCUCUUUGCGAGUUGGUGCCCUACGGGAUGGGUAAGUGAUAUAUCAAACAAUAGACACAGUGUUUCAUCCUUUUUCAAACACUGAAAACAGAGUUAAAAAUAAGACGCACAGCGGAGUGAUUUUGACGAACUUCUAUUAUUGUUUGAAAUUUUAAUGAAGCACUAGAUCUCUCGUUUGAUAUGACGUUUCAAUCAACGUGAUUUUCAAAGAGACAUUGAGGAUGAAAAAGCAAGCGCUUUUCAUAAGAUUCCUGCAAGUAAUGGCAUUGUUUUCCUAUUGGUUUUGUUUUAUGAACUUCAACUCGAACUUGGAUUCCAAUUUGAAUAUUCAAACUCAAAAUCAAUUUUUAUCUGUGCUGGAAGUGUAGAACUUUAACUCAAACUCAAUUUCAAACUCAAAAUCUAAUAGUAUACUCACUCAAAGUCGAUCUCGAUUGCGAAUUGCAACCGUCGAAGUCAAUGUAAACAAAAUGCUGUAACACUAAGUCAUCUCGAACUCAAAGUGAAACUCAAAAUCAGUUAAGGUCGUUUUGUCUUCAGUGAACCUUAUCGGUUGGAUUUUUCUUUAAUAAUGGAUUUCCUCAAAUGACAACAAAAAAUGUGUGCUGAUAGUAAAAGUAAACGUUUUUUGCAGAUCCAAAGACGGUUAACUUCAAUCCUUACAUAGUUCUGCAAUACGUAAACUAUGUUCGAGCUCAAAAGUAUAUGCAACAGCUUCGACUACAGCAAGAAAAAUUACGAAACGCAACCUUAGAGGCCCAGAAAAAAGGUCAACAAGUCUUACAGCAAGGACAACAAGUAAGCUAAGCCCCUUAAGUUGGGUUUUGUGAUUAGCUUCAUCUAACCGAAUUAAUUGACCAUCAAAUGUCUGAAGGCAGGUUUGAAAAAUGUAGCCAUAGUUUGUAAACAUAACCUGGGAAAGAUUGGCAAAACAGCAUUGUGAAUUCCACGAUUCUACAGCAUUCCCAGCCCAACCAACUAAAAUGAGGCUUAUUAGAUCAGAUUAUAUCUCUGCCAGUACGUUUGCCGGUUUAAGUAAAGAAGUCAUUUCAUAAAUAGGUUGAGCGUAAUCGUCCGGGUGAGCGUAGUACUUAACAGGACUGUUGUUUGCAGUGAACGACGUUUGACGACCUAUGCGGUAGUAAUCUUUAGGGUCAAAGUGAGUUGUAUCAAGUCCGUUGAUGGUAAUAAACUCUGGUUAUUGACCUGAUUGCUGAAUAAUGUCGCGAUGUCAUUGGUCGUCGGUCACUUAAACCUUGAUGUUAUUGGCAAUGAAGACUCUAAAUAAAUGUGAUUGAUGCCGGCUUUUCGACCCGAUUUUUGUCACAGUCUGACGGUCGUCAGGAUAUUGUUAGUCAAAUUGUCUGUCGUUCAGUCAUUCUAUCAUUGUUAGUUUUUCUUGAGUACGUCAAUAAGUUCUUUUCGGUUUAAGGCGAUUGGUGGAGCUCAACAACAGGGACAGCAAGCCAUCAACCAAGGACAGCAGUUGGCUGGUCAGGGUCAAGCUGCCAUUGGUGGAGCCCAGCAACAGGGCCAGCAACUACUUGGGCAGGGCCAAGCCGCUCUUGGCGGAUUUCAGAGUAAGUCAUUAAGUACCACAGUCAUUACAUAGUUGAAUUCUGUUCUGACGACGAUAUAGUAUAUAACUGAACAAAUGACUUAUAAAACUCACACACGCAACUGAACAUCAACAACAACAAGAAAAAUCAAGGAAACAACGUAAAAAAAUCUCAUAUUUUGUUUGAAAAGUAAAGAAUUGCUUGACAAAAAGUAUAUUGCUUUAGGUUACCUUAUCUAUUACCCACAUUUUGCUGAACAGAGAACCGCUCGGAUUUAUUAUUAUUUUUUGCUAUGCUUUUCCCUUUAAAGAACGAAUGAAACCUUUCGAUACUAUUUUUAAUUAAUGGAAAUGUAGAUUAUGUGUGUUAAACUUCAUCUGAAAUAAAAAGUCCUUAGUGGAAGUCUCUUGUUGUAGAUCAAGGCCAGCAAGUCUGGGGACAAGCGCAAGGGGCACUUGGUAAUGUCCAAGGUCAAGGUCAGCAGGCCUUUAACCAAUUACAAAGUCAAGGUGCAGGCAUGGCAAACCAGUUUCAAAACGAGUUUAACCAGUUCCAGAAUCAGGGCGCUGGAAUGUUGAACCAGUAUCAGAAUCAAAUGAAGCAAUUGCAAGGUCAAGGAAUGGGUAUGGUAAACCAGUUCCAAGGGCAGUUUCAAAACCAGUUUAAUCAGUUACAAGGGGCAGGAAUACUUGGCCAAGCACAGAACCAAAUGAACCAGUUUCAAGGUCAGGGGAUGGCAUUGGCCAACCAGCUUCAAGGGCAAGGACAGCAACUGGCCAAUCAGUUACAGGGACAGGGAAUGGGAUUGGCCAAUCAAAUUCAAGGUCAAGGCAUGGGUGCUGUGAACCAGUUACAAGGGCAAGGUGACUAAAAAUGCUAACAUAAAAAGUGAGAUAGUGUAAAAUCCUGCACGUUUAUGUUUACUAUUGUUUUCGGCUUGCUUACGGGCCAGGGGCACGUUUCUCGAAAGUCCCGGUAACUUUUCGGGCCCGAAAUCAAAUAUUCAAAUCGAAAUAUAAAGAAUAAGAGCGCGGGUCCUGGCUAGCAAACUACUCCAUUUUGUUUCAUUAACUGACAGUUUUAUCAUGUUAGAUGCAAAACUAUUGAAACCUCGAUCUUUAAUGUAAACGGCAACUGCUUCCCGGGCCCGUUAAUUAUCAGGACUUUCGAGAAACGGGCCCCAGGGGAUUAGGGACCAAAGUUUGUCUGGCAGAACGAGUGGGAAUAGCCUCCUUAGCUUAGCAGGCGCUUGAAAGUUAUGAAACAAGAAAGAAAGGGGUGUGCGAGGGAGAUGCGCCACAUUAGUUUGCACAAGCGCCUGCUAAGCAGGCUAGACUGGGAAUAUAGCCGGAUUAUAGACCCCGUUCAUUUUUUACUUACCUCGUGUUCGAACCAAACGUUUUUAAAAAUGUACUUUUAUCAAUGGAUGCCUGUUUAUCUUUAAUUGAAUUAUAAUUAGCACUCUUUUUAACUUUUUGAUAACUGAUCGGUGUAAACCUCAGCUUGCACGUUUGCCUUAACUGAUCAACAAACCGUAUGCUAGCCAGGUGUUGUCUAGUCAUUACCGUCUUGGUCCUUUAUGCUAGCAUGACAUUAAAAUUUUAUUCCAGGUAUGAAUGCAUUUAACCAGCUCCAGGGACAAGGGCUGGGAGUGGCAAAAGACUUAACAAAAACUACAGAUGGUCUGACUGAAAAGGUAAAAACUGCAUAGCUCAUCAUGAUACACAAGUUGAUAAGCCUACUCAAAAUUUCUUACGAAAUUUUAUAAACCCAGGGGCUUAAACGGGGUUUAUAACUUGAAUUUUAUAGCAGGGAUCUUUUGUGAACCGAUGAACCAUUGGCCUUAGAGCCUCAUUUUGACCAGCAGGUCAGCUGGGGGAAUAAUUACUCUUGCUCUUUCUUCCAAAAGUGAGAAAUACUACACUUGACGAAGGUUGAAGACUUUUACAUUGGUAUCAUUACAGUGAUUAUUGUAAAGGCCGUAUAAUUUCCUUGAGAUUAACUCUCACGACUGAUAGAAUUUUUUGGUUCUCUGCACAGGCUAAAGACUUUUACAAAAAGGUAGGUUUGAGUUUUUGAUUAACAUUGAGAAUUAAUUUUAUAAAAGUAUUUGUGAUGUGUUAAAUCAACUUUCAUAUACGAUAUAUUUCUCAUUUUGACACAACUGUUUCUACAAUUAAUCUAUAGUUAAAGCCCUGGGUUACGAAGGCGGAGGACUUUUACAAUGACAAAAUCAAGGGACAUUAUUUUGACAUGGCAAAACGUAAGUGCUUUAAGAAUUUCAAAGCAUUGUACACAAUGAUUGAGUCAGCAUGUCCUAAAAGCAAUGACAAACGGAAACAACUAUUUAGUUUUAUCAGACGCUGAAUAAUUCCUACUUGCAAGGUGAAAUACUUAAUGAUUGUACAACUAUUAAAAUUCACUGUAAAUAGAGAAAGUCGUUACGUCACGUUGCCACGGUAGCGAAAUUUCUGGAUGAAAAAAACAAACUAAAAAAGUCACUUCAAAAGUAAAUUCGCACUGUUUCAAACUUCAUCAGUCUUAUUCAGUUUCAUUUAAUUUGUUAAAUGUUGGCAAAAUUCUCUGGGGCUGAAUCCGAACGGACCGUAUCUGAGUGUAGAAAAACAAAAAGAAAAUUUUUGUGCUGUGUUCACCAGGGAGCGGGUGCGUGAAAUUAGGAAGUUCCAUGUCGCAGUCGUGGAACGACGGCUAAGAAAUGUACAAAAAAGCGUGAUGGACUUAGGACGGGAUUCUGAUGCUGAAAUAUUUUGCACCAAGCAUUUUUCACGCUAACUGUAAACCAUAGUAUGCAACUCCCGGUUUUGAAUUCUUGCCGUGCUUUUGCACAAAUACUUCUGAGUUCUUUGACACUUUUUUAAAACACAGAGUGGUUCGAUCGUGGCAAAGAAUAUGGUUUGAAAGCUUUGAAAGUCUUUGAAGAAGCGGUCUUGUCUGAGUUUAAAGGACUGAUCGGUGACGUUGGAGGAGAACUUUCGUCAAUUACAAAAUACGAUACGGCCGAUAUUAAAGGCUUGUUGGUUAAUGUGGAUAAAGAGAAAAUUAAAAAGCUUGUGGAGAGAGUCAGACCCCUUAUUCCGGAAUAUUAUGACAAAGCGAAGAGUAUGGCUACAGAUAUUUUUGAACAGGGAAAAGAAGAGUUCGAUAAAAUCAGAGAGCAAGUCGAACAGGAGGUAGGAUAAAUUUUAAAAUUAUUUUACUGUUAGUAGGAGCGCAAAAAGGCCGUCGAAUCACUGAUAAGACAUUUGCGGUAGCGAUUACAUUGUACUGCUCUUCACUAUGUACGAAACUUUAUGUUGUUAGCUUGGCUUACAAUCCAGCCAAAUUCCCCAAAAAACCGUCCAAGACAACAUUUUUUGGAAAAAAAAAUCCGGAGAUAGCUGAGGGGAUUAAAACAAUAGGUUGAGAGGUUUGAUAUAAUUUUUUGUUUUACUUUUUUAGUCAUUUCGGAGUAGAAUAUAACUUAUUUCCCUUCCCCUGAAGAUUUAAGAAGGACAUUCAACCUUAAGCAUUUUGGGGUUUUUAACAUUGCAUACUAUAAACAGAUUUUUCAGAGAGAGAGCUGGCUGUGCAAUGUAUUAUAAAUAGUAUAAACAUUUUUGCAAUAGUGUUAGAAUUUGAAAAGUCUAAUUUAAUGAGAAAAAAAUGUUAACAAAGCCCGUGGCUACGUAAGGGAAGUUCGUAUGGAGAUGUGCCGCCGAGGUUUUCAAAGCGUUUCUUUCGUUACCCUGUUUGAGACAAACGAUAUUUUUUCAUGAGCCAGAUUCGUUUCGUUUUGCAAAACCUGACACCACAUGCAGACCAGCUGUGCACAGCCAAGGUGUAAACUCUGUUCAAGGGCUCUGGUAUAGAAAGACAUCCUGUUCAAGACGCUAAAUAGCGAAAUUGUACACCCUGUUUAAGAUUUGAAACCGGAAAAAACCGUUCUCUGUUCAGCGGCACAUACCCAUUUAGGCGAAAUAAGGGAGCUUCUCCCGGGAAACAAAAUUACCAUUUUUUGUUAAUAACUCUGAUGGCUUUGAGUGCGCUCUGUUUAUAGGUUGGUAAUGCCCAGAGAAUGGGCGAGGGCCUAUCACAAGAGGCCAUGGGUUUAGGAGGCGAACUUCAACAGCAAGGCAUGAGCGCAGUUGGACAAGCACAGCAAGCAGGAAUGGGUGCACUAGAAAAUGCCAGGCAAACAGGGCAAGGACUUGUCCAACAGGGGCAACAGAGUUUCAGUGAGUAACGAUUAAUUUUGCAGUUUCGUAAGAUCGCCGCCUCUGUGCUUUAAAGACAUACCCAUCGCCGUCUUCAGACCUUUCCCCCUCACAAUUUCCAAAGGAUAACCCGGGAACGAUGUUAACACGCACUACUUGCAUUUAUAUGGGUCAGCUGAAGUUAUAAAGGUCCGAAUUAUAGUACAAAGGUUCCAUCAAACACUUGACUGACGAUUAAGGUGCCAAAAUUCGGAAAAUCUAGCAAAUGCUUUGUUCAUUAAAGCAAAGUGAAUUCUUUUUCGUGCGAUCGUCCGAAUAGCAAACAAAGCACGGAACGGAAGUACAACCAUGAAAUACAUGUUAAGUACGUUUUUACAAAAGAUUUACAAUGUUCAUCAUCAUUCGCCGCUACCGGUCGGUUAUGUCUUACAUUAACGCAUAACCCUAAGCCUUGUGAAACUUUGCAGUUAACUUUUGCAGUAGUCGUCGUCCUAAAUCAUAUCAAUUACCUCUUUUUGUACUUAGGAUAAACUUUUACUUCAAGCAAACCCCAACUGCAACACGGCACUUUUGUUCAUCAUAACGUUUUAUUGAAAAUUCUCUUACUUAUCAAGUUUUAUUUGUUCUUUCUUAAAUUAACGUUUCCUUAAUCGAUAGAUCAAUUACAGCAACAAGGAAUGGGAAUAUACGGUCAAGUUCGUCAAACAGGUAUGGGCGCUUUUAACCAGAUGAGGCAGCAAGGAAUGGGAGCCUUGGGACAAGUGCAGAGUAUGGGCCAGCAAGGAUUACAGCAGGUACGUUUACAAAUGUGGCAGUCAGUUUAACGUAGGUAAAAGGUUAAGUCUUACAUGAGCCAAAGGCCCAAACGGCCAUAGGUUAUCCCGGUUUCCUUAACAUGAAGCAUGCCUAGGAGUAUUCCUACUCUCCCUGGACGGGAUGCUAGUCCAUCGCAGGGUUACCCCCAGCCGUAUGUCGCCGGGGUGAAGGGAGACAAAGUGGAGUAAGGUUCCUUGUCUAAGGAAACAACGCGACUGGCGAAAACUUGAACUCCGGACCUCCAGAUCUGCAGUUUGAAGUGCUCGAGUUCGGCCACACACGCCUUUAUUUCAACGUGCUCUACCGUAAACUUCCGCUUAUGAGCAACAGCCUCCCCAGUUACAGUCCUAUCUACCUGUUUACCAAAAAUACAUCCAAAGUCCCCCUCUAGCUUGUAUUGAAAUGAAUUUUUUUUUACCACGUUUUGAAGCUUAAAAAAGCGGCUAAAUUCAAAAAGCGUUUUGAUCAGCACUGCUAUGUCGCUUUUGUUUUGUAGCCUGUUUUGAAACGCUUUUUUAAUUAGGUUAUAAGCUCCCCCCCUUCCCCGUUUAUAAUCCUCCGACACCCUACAAAGUCGUUAAGCCUAUGGCUCAUAAGCAGAAGUUAACGGUAUUGUAGUAGAGAAGCCGGCUCUUCAUUCUGUAAUCCACCCUUUGCCAGGAUCCGAUUCACAUUAAUUGAUCGCUGGGCGAACCCCUUUCUAUAAAACCCACCAAACUAGUAUAUUUUGCCUUUUGUCAGGUUUAUAAGAAGGUGCGUGUCCGUUCCUCGAUCUGCAUAUGUAUGGAAAACCAAUAAAAGCCUUCUUAAAAAAAGGAAGCGAGAGCAGCGUACCAUUUUAACUGCUUCAUUCUGUUAGCUUCUGUUGCUGCCGUUUAACCUUAUGAAAAACCGUUUGAAUGUUAUGACACGUUAGUCUGUUGUGCAAAAAUAGCUAAACAAUUUUCUCUCCCUUUAAUUUCUCUGUUUCACUAUAGUGGACUUGGGGAACUGUAUACCGAACUUUUACCAUUUCAUAAUGUUCACUCCUGUUAAUAGUUGUUUCUUGAAAGGGAACUCCGCUUUCUGCAGUAGAGAAAAUAUCUUCAAUCUUCCAAUUUUAUAGGCUCAAAAUCUUCAAGGCCAACUAAUGCAAACAGGACAGGGUUUGUAUGGUCAAGCACAGAACAUGGGACAGGGGCUUCAAGGGCAACUCAUGCAGGCAGGGCAAGGUUUAUACGGGCAGGCCCAGAGCAUGGGAUCUGGUCUACAAAACCAACUACUGCAGACUGGGCAGGGGCUGUAUGGUCAGGCACGGAGCAUGGGUCAGAGUGCCUUCCAACAAGGAAGGUCGCUCGGGAGUCAGCUGCAGCAACAGGGGCAAAACGCUUUCCAACAAGGAGCAGGAAUGGCUCAAGGUUUUCAAGGUCAGAGUUGAAUAUAAAACACCAUAAUCCACAAUAUUCUUUCUGCAUCGCAUGUCACUUAAAUUAAAACAAGCUGUAUAGAUGACUGGUAUCAACCCCUUUGUCAAGUUUUAAAGCAACAUGUACGAAUAGUUUUAAUACUGAGGUGAUUUGAGACGAGCUAUGAGAAGAAUGCGACAAAGAUCGACAUUGCAAAACUAUGUAUGGUGGAUAGUGGUCAGUUCACAGUUGUUUUUACUGAGCUUUUUAGCGCAGACGAGCAGGGAGGUCGUCACUGUAAUAUCGAGUGAUCGUCUUUCUAAGUAUUUAAUCAGAUUUAUGAUUUAUAUCUCAGGCUACCUUUCUGCAAUGUCGCAUACACUUUUAAGCCUUCAUAAUCUUUUCCUUUUAUGACGGAUUUUGUACGAGGACAAAAAGUUGAGGCAGUCAAAGUCAAUUAAGGCUCUAAUGUAAAUUUCCAACUUUUUGCAGGGAUGGGUCAAAACUAUCUUAGGCAAGCAAUAAAUAUGGGUAACGCCUAUCAGCAGCAAGGUAUGAAUCUAAUUAAUCAAGGGAGACAAAUGUCGCAGCAAAUGGCUGGCCAGGUACCAAGCCCCCAGCAACAAUGGCAGCAGCUCUUAAGCAUGGGACAGAAUCUUCAGCAGCAAGGCGCACAGCUGCGGAGUCAGGGGGAGGCAAUCAAGAAACAAGGAGAGGAGGCAGCUGGUGGUGGAGCUGUCUAG